GUUCAUAAGCUUUCCGCUAGUCAAGCCUUGGCCCGUAUUUACUCUAAGCUUUUUUUAUUCGUAACUUUAUUUUAAAUCGAGAACGAUGUGACGUGAACGUUUUAAAAAUAAAAAUAGUGAAUCUCGAUAAAUGUAUUCGAUUUGUUCGGAUUUUGACUCGGAUUCGGUGAAGUGAACAGAUACAACUAUGAUUUUGUUCGCGUUCCUUCUGGCGGUUUCUACGGCAGCCAUCGUCGAUGUCGUAGAAGAACCUCCGUGCCCGUCAUGCGUCCUAGUGAACACCACGUGCUAUAAUAUAUCGCAUCUCCUAGAACUCGAUGCUCCCUUCAGAAAACGCAUCGUUAUUCACAAGAUAGAUCUCCAGCGAUCUAAGGACGUCCUAUACUUCAGUUUCGAACCCACAUUUGAAGACGAAGAAUAUUACAAGAUCGGCUUCGUGGAUCUAGAGCACCCCGAUGAACAUGGAAUAAUUUCUGGCACUCAGAUACUUAAUUUCGGAACAUUCGACAUAGAUCAGGCAAACAACUUGAUUUAUUUCGGCGGCAGUGAUGGAAUAUUUAUUUUAGAUAACAAUUUGAAAACUUUUUCAUCUUACAGUAGUAGAGGUGAUACGAUAACGAAUGUGUUUUACAAAAAUCAAUUAUAUUUCACGAGGUAUGAAGAUAAAGGCAUUAUUGUGAAGAAAGGCGAUUACUUCCAAACGAUAUUGGAAGAUUGGCCAAUCAGGAAGUUUUUAGUUGUAGAAAAAGAAAACGUUAAUUAUGUUAUAUUCUUAAGUAAUUUAGGUUUGUUUGUGAGUAAAGGUAAUACUGUGCAUCGUAUUUCUAAAAAUGCUUACUUCAGAGGUUUAACUAUGGAUUUAGAUGGUAAUGUGUACGCUUGGUGGUUGGAUGGUAUUUACAAAGUUAUGCUUUCAAAGAAUGUGGCGUAUUCUACUCUUGUAAGAGUCGCGAAGCUCCCUACUAUUGGUGCCAUGGCUUUUGACAAUAAUAACAACAUUCUUUUCACUUCUGAUAAGUCUCUGUUUAUUAUGAAGCAAACUGAACACAAUAAUUGUGGCGUGGUUAAACCAGCUAAACCGAGAUAUUAAUGAAAAUGUACAUAUUCUUGAUAUUUGGAAACUGUAGAUAAUAAUGUUCAUUGAAAAGCAAAAAAUA